AAUACCGCAUAUCCGACGGAAGACGAACAUAUGAUUUCUUUUCGAACUCAAUCUUGUACCAGAUAAUUAAGCCAAACAGAUGACUCAGUGUGAACGUUUUGUAUUACCAAGAACCAAACAUUUUUUAAAAAGUACAAAAGUUAACAGAACCAAAAUAAAUAAAAGAUCAGGUUUACUUGUUAAGCGAGUCUGAGAAAACUUGUAUGUACAUUUAAAAUUCACCUAGAAACACUUGGUAAAAUAGCAGAUGCAAAUUGCAAACGGCUGCGCAUCUUCGGCGAACCCAUAAGCCUUUCAUCAUUGGAUAGUGCUAAUAACUGCUAUAAGGCGUAGCCCAGCUUUGGGUUCCUUCAUGAAGCGUGUAACCCUGUUUCUUAAUGGGGCAACUCAAGGAGGUCGGGUUGUCCAAUGCCCACCCACGCUACAGGAGCUUAAAGAGCUUGCAGAAGAAGUGCUUGGACUGCCUCCGGUAACUCAUCUCUUUCUCCGAAACGGAGGCGAGAUUGAUUCGGAGAGUCUCAUACGAGAUGAUGAGGUCCUAUAUUGUUCUACAAACGGCCAAUUUUUAGAACCUGUGAGCACGCCGCAAAUUGUAGCUGAUAACCCGGAAUGGAUUCUUCUCAACGUCGGAGGAAAACACUUUGUAACAACAAGACGCACCCUUGUCUCAAAGGAACCUCUGUCGAUGUUAGCGAGAAUGUUUAGCCUUGAGGGCCGGUUGUGGCCUGCUGCGGUAGACAAAGACGGCGCGUUUCUAAUUGACAGAUCAGCACGAUAUUUUGAACCUAUCAUCAAUUAUCUUCGACACGGGCAGGUGGUUCUUGAAAGAGACUGCGACCCAUUGGGCGUUCUAGAAGAGGCAAAAUUUUACGGCAUUCAAUCCCUUGUAAGCCUAUUAGAGGCACGCAUAGCCGAAGAACCAUCAGAAAAAACACCUUUGAGCCGAAGGGAUGUUAUCGCGAUUAUAGCAGCCACCUCAGCAGAAUCGGAGUUGAGAUUCCAGGGUGUGAAUCUCGAAGGUGCAGAUUUAUCACAUCUGGACUUGCGAAAAAUUAACUUCAAAUUCACCAAUCUCCGCGGGUGUCGUCUCUCCAACGCCAAUUUAAGCUUUUGCUGUUUUGAAAGGGCCGAUUUAUCUGGAGCUAACCUUGAGAGCUGUAUACUGAAGGGCGCACGUUUGGUGUGUGCCAACUUAGAAGGCUGUACGUUGCGACGCUGCGAUAUGGAGGCUGGUGCGAAGUUCUUUACGAAUCUCGAGUCGGCUAACUUGAAGGGCGCUGAACUUGAUGGCAGCCUAAUGGGAGGAGUCAGUUUGCGUGUAGCGACCCUGAAAAAUGCUAACAUGCAGAAUUGCUACCUCAGACAAGCUGACCUAGCUGGGGCUGAUCUUGAGAAUUGUGACCUGUCGGGGAGUGAUCUACAGCAAGCCAAUCUUCGCGGUGCAAAUUUAAAGGAUGCACGCAUGGACAUGAUGUUGACUCCUCUACACAUGGCACAAGCAAUCCGCUAAGCAACUAUAAAUUCGUUAUCAAGCCCCUUAAUAAGCGCGAUAAAUGCAUCUGAUCAGAAACAGUGUCCGUCUCGCUAAGUCUUAAAUGAGUGUAUCUGAUAGCUGGUUGUUGUUUUUAUUGAGGGGUGAUUAGCGGGUACUGAGCGGAAAAAUAUAUUUUCAGAUACUUUAUACAGAUGUCUACAUGUAUGUGAACCUAAACGUAUGUAAAAGAGAGAGUCAACGCUUAGCGAGCAUUAGUCAAACUGUAACACACGCUCAUAAUAUGACACUGUACAUGAGACCUAGAAUGGAUGUUUCAUUGUCCAGCAGUGUUUGUUUAUACACCAACGGGCGAAAGCAUUUACGAUUGAUAUAUUAAUGUUAUUGGACAAUUUGUAAGUAGAACCUGUCGCUUUUUAAAUUGUUGUAACGUUUCAAUUUCGCUGGCUCAUUAUUGAAUAAGGCAUUGGUAAACGAUUUCGCUCGACUUUAUUUAAAUAAAGUCAUUUUUGGGCAAGACGUGACUUGAACUUCAGCCCAAACAUCAGUGUAUUAAGAAUUGCGUGGUCAUGGUCUUCAACAGGAGUGGAUAAGGUGAAAUGAAAACAUGGGAAUGACCGUUACUUCUGAUGCGUAUAAACAUAUACAUUAGUGUUUUCUUUCAUUACAUUGAUCUCAUUCACAUGCAUACUUAACAGUAAGAGGUACAGACUUAGGACAGACUCUUGCUUUAAAUUUAUUAAAAGGCCAAGUUUCUUGAGGAUGCCAAACGGUUACUUUCAAAAGCAUUCUCUUUGACUAAUAAUUUAUAAUGUAAUUACUAGCCUAACGAGUACUUCAUUAAAAACUUCGUUAAAAUUGGGCAACCUGUUGUCACUAAUUAUUUAUUAUGUGUAUAUGCAUAACUAUAUGCGAAGACUUCAUAAACUUCUUAGGACCCUUUUCUAAAGGUUGAACCCUUGCUGCAGAAUAAAACAAAAUUUUUUAAAAGGCCUAAAUCUAUGUUUCUCUAAUAGAUGUUAUCGUUGGCAGAGAUGUAAGUUAAAUUCUGAUAAUACAAAGGUGCGCAUGGAAAGCCAAAAUCUAUUUCAACUAGGCAUUUCCUAAGUAAGCCAGUCAGUACCUUUUGGUAUUGAUCUCUACAUCGAUGUACUCCAUGACAGACUUACGAAACAUCAUGAUUAAGAUGUAGGAAGGAAAAUGCAGGAAAUAAACACACGAUGAAAAAUGUUCAGCUGUCUUAAGUGAACACACAGAUUCACCUAAAGCAUAUCAGGGUUUCUAU